CAGCCUGCGCCCUUCACGCUCCCUCAGGACAGCCCUGGAGCGGGAGAGGGGGCGGCGCUCCGCCGUCCUCCCGCCGACAGGCUCAAACUCUUUCCUCAUCUCCCCCCGCCCCGCAAAGCCCCUGACCUGCUCCGAGUCCGGGCCAGAGCUUUCUCCAUUGAUAUACAGCAGAAUAAAUGCCAGUUCUGCUGCAGCUCACAAGAAAAAUGAUACUCAUGCAGCAUUCCUGAGUGAUAAGAAUGGGUCCAGAUGUACCUCUGCUGAAUGAUUACAAACAGGAGUUCUUCUUGAAGCGCUUUCCACAGACUGUGCUGGGAGGUCCCCGGUUUAAAUUAGGCUAUUGUGCUCCUCCUUACAUCUAUGUGAAUCAGAUUAUUCUUUUCUUGACACCAUGGGUUUUGGGAGGAGUAGGAACACUCUUGUACCAGUUAGGUAUUAUGAAAGACUACUGCACCGCAGCACUUUCAGGAGGACUAAUGUUUGUUACUGCACUUAUUCUUCAGAUGGCAAAUCUAUAUGCAAAGCAGAAAACAGUGACAGUAGAAAGAAUGCAAAUUCAGAAUACCCUGACAGAUGAAGACGAGUUUGAAUUUUCCAGUUGUGUUGGUUCAGAGACAGUAAAGUUUAUUAUUCCUGGCAAGAAGUAUAUUAUCAACACCAUAUUUCAUUCCCUUCUGGCAGGGGUAUUGUGUGGGUUGGGAACUUGGUAUUUGCUGCCAAAUAGAAUAACCUUGUUAUACAGCAAUAUUGGAGGAACUGUUAUGAUCUUUGUAUUUGGAUGGGUCACGAUAUGUAUAGGAGAGUAUUCAUUAAUCAUAAACACAGCUACCGAAACAGCUACUUUCCAAGCACUGGAUACUUAUGAAAUCACUGCUCUGAUGAGACCUUUCUAUAUUUUUGUCUUUAUUGCAGUGGAUCUUGCACACAGGUUUGCUGUCAACACACCCAUUCUAGAGCAGACAAACCAGAUUUUGCACAUCGUAUUUCUUUUUCUGCCAUUCUUAUGGGCAAUGGGAAUUCUGCCCCCACUUGACGCACUUUUUCUAUGGGGAAUGGAACAACUGUUGGAGUUUGGACUAGGAGGUUCACCUAUGUCAAGUAACACAAAGUUAUUAGUAAUGUUUCUCAUUUCUGCUGGAACAGCAAUAGCAUCGUAUUUCAUUCCCAGCACUCUCGGUGUGAUCCUCUUCAUGACUGGAUUUGGGUUCAUACUGAGUCUUAACCUAAGUGAGAUUGGUUUUGCCUUCAAACACACCAUGAGCAGCCAUUUAGCCUCUGGCAAAUCUAAAAAUAUGCACAGAGGUCUUAGAACACAAUUUGGGUGGAGGGAAUUUAUUUUUUAUGUGACUGUGUUGACAUUUGCUCUCAUAGAAGCCAGCCUGCUGCAUCAAUUUGCAGCCUUUUCAUCAUUUUCCACAGCCAGUCCUCAGGCUAUAGUGAGUUACUUUCUGAUCUUAUUGCUUACAAUUAUGUGGAUUCUUAGAGAGAUUCAGAGAGUGUACUUGUUUGGAGUCUUCCGAAACCCCUUUUAUCCAAAGGAUGUCAGGACUGUGACUGUGUUCAUGGAGAAGCAAAGAAGGCUAAUGAAAGUUGGUGUUGUCAGGAGGAUUUUACUAACACUAGUGUCUCCAUUUGCUAUGAUAGCCUUCCUGUCACUAGACCAUUCACUACAAAAUCUUCAUUCUGUGUCCGUUUGCAUUGGAUUCACAAGAAUGUUUAGGAUGGUCUGGCAGAAUACAGAAAAUGCUCUACUGGAUAUAGUGGUUGUGUCGGUAGCACAAAUGUUGGUGCUCAGCCCAGACCUCUGGUGGAACAGGAGCCUUGAUACAGGAAUCAGACUCUUGCUGGUUGGUAUCCUCCGAGAUCGACUGCUUCAGUUUGCUUCAAAGUUGCAGUUUGCCAUUGCUAUUCUUCUGACAUCGUGGACAGAGAAAAAACAACGUCGUAAAUCUACUGCCACCUUAAUCACCCUCAACGUUGUUUUCUUCCCAAUCCUGCUGAUCUUCAUUGCCAUCUCUGCCCUCCUUUCUUCCCCUCUGCUGCCACUCUUUACACUGCCAGUGUUUCUGAUUGGAUUUCCUAGGCCUGUCCGAAGCUGGCCGGGACCCGUGGGUGCUGCAGCCUGUGUUUGCUCUGACACCGUGUACUACCAGCAGAUGGUUCCCAGCCUGGCUGGUGCUCUGCAGUCUGCACUGGCAGCUGGUAGCCUCGGUCUCUCUCUACCUGGAUCACACUACUUAUGUCGCUUUCAGGAUAGACUGGUGUGGAUAUUGGUGCUAGAAAAAGGCUUCACUUACUGUGGGGUUAACAUUAAGGGGCUAGAAUUGCAGGAAACAUCCUGCCAUGCUGCUGAAGCACACAGAGUUGAUGAAAUUUUUGGAAUGGCCUUUGAACAUCAGGAGCACACCAAGAUUCUCUCUCCAAAUCACCAUUUUGGACACAUUUUGACUCCUUGUACUGUUCUACCUGUACGGCUCUAUUCUGAUGCUAGAAAUGUGUUAUCUGGAAUAAUUGACUCUCAUGAGAAUUUAAAGCAUCUGAAAGAUGAUUUCAUUAAAGUGCUGGUGUGGAUGCUGGUCCAGUACUGCUACAAAAGAUCAAAAACCUGGGAAAGCUCAGGGAGUGUUAACAAAAAAGGAUCGGUUCCAAAAACUCAGCAUAGUGGUGAGGUAGAAAGAUCCCAGCCUCCAAGAGAAGAAGAUAGCUUCAGUGUUGAUACAGUUGAGGACUGGACUGAUGACAGUGACAUUUUUGAUCUUGAGCCCAGUGGCAGAAUUAAAGGCAAAAAAGAACCUGGGCAGAUGGGAACCACACCAAAAGUACACCUGUCUAUUCCAGGAUCUGUAGAAACAGAGACCCCACGAGAAAUGUCACCAGAAGAUAAAUUAUACAAGGCUGUUGUGCUUGGGCUUCCUGCUGUAGACAAAGGGAAGCAGCAAGAAGCUUUACCUCAAGUUGAAUUUAGUUGCUCUUACUCUGAGCUAUUGAGCAUCCCUGAAGAAUGGAGAACAGCCCCAGUGCCAUCUUCCAAAGUCAAUGAAAUGAAGCAGAGGUUUCCAGAGGAGUGGUACCACUUCAUUUUGAGUCAGCUGGAUUUUUUUCAUCUGAAAGAAAAGCCUUCCAAUUUACUUGAAGACCUUAUGAAAGAUAAAGCUUUGAAAGACUUGUAUAUUCAUGGAGUGUUGUCGUGUUGCUUUGGUCUGUUUGGACUGGAUAACACUGUGCCUGCCCCGAGCCACGUGUUCAGAGCCUACACCGGUGGUAUUCCAUGGUCUGUUGGUUUGGACUGGCUAACCAGCAAACCAGAACUAUUCCAACUGGCAUUGAAAGCAUUCAGAUACACCUUUAAACUUAUGGUUGACAAAGCAAGCCUGGGUCCAGUUGAGAACUUCAAAGAGCUGGUGAACUAUCUGGAAGAAUAUGAAAAUGAUUGGUACAUUGGACUGGUAUCAGAUCUUGAGUGGCAGCAAGCAGUUCUUCAGGAAAAGCCAUACCUUUUUUCAUUGGGGCAUGACCCAAACAUGGGAAUUUACACCGGGCGAGUCCUCACUCUUCAGGAACUGUUAGUACAAGUGGGGAAACUUAAUGACGAAGCUGUCCGAGGUCAGUGGGCAAAUCUGUCCUGGGAGCUGCUGUAUGCCACAAAUGAUGAUGAAGAACGCUACAGCAUCCAGGCACACCCAGUGCUCCUAAGGAACCUUACUGUGCAAGCUGCAGACCCACCUCUUGGCUACCCUGUAUAUUCAUCUGAGCUUCUGCAUCUGCCUUUGUUGUAGAAUGUCAGUAGCUUUAUUGGUUUAUUGUUAUUUUGUAUUUUCCAUCUGCAUGUUGGGAAUCAAGUGUUUGUGCUACAUUUCUACAAUACAGGUAAGAUCUUGCUCUUGAAAUGGUGUUGGCUGGGCAGCACCAAGCCAGCAUCCAUUAUUUGCACAGAGAUGGUGCUAGCCAGGACCUUCGGCAUGCAGGGAGUUUUGAACUGUUUCCUUGCUGCUGGAAUAUGAAAGACAUUAUUGCCUCUGUGGCUGAAGAGCCAGAUGCUGAAAUUCUCUUCUCCAGUUUAGAGAAGAGCAGCAUAAUUCUGAUCAUUUACUAUUUUUGGUGCAUUCCAAUUCUAUUUUCAUGUUGUUUGUUUUUUCUUGGACAGGUGACUUGCACUGACAGGUUACAGCUCACUUUAGUACCCUCAAAAACAGAGUUGGUAACCAAAGUGUACAUAGGACUAUUUAUAUGUUUGGGUUUCAUUUUUAUUCUGGCCAUUUUGUAUUGGACUGAGUUCAGGUUUAGCAUUUAUGACUUCCACUGGUCUUCCUUAGUUGUAGUAAGUUAUCAACUAUGCGUCAACAAAGUUGUAAGGCACAGUUGUACCAAAGGACUUGUUUUGAGGGCAGAGUUCUACACAGCAGUGUGUAUUCUGACACAACGGUAAUCUCUGUGACCUACUGAUGAAAGCAAUGAGCGUGUAACUGAGGGAGAAAAGGAAAUUAAGUCCAAACAGAUUAAUUCUAUCUUCUUCUCCCAACAUCCAUAUAUAUUAUGGAGGCAUAUGUUGUUUGCAACCUACAUUUGUAUCACUGACCAGUCUUCCACAAAUACGGUGACAGCCUGUGAGGAGGAGAGGGGCAGAAAUCCAGC